UAGUACAUUUACCCUCCUCCCCAGCCCCCCAAACAGCCACCUUCCUGCAGCUGUCUAGUGCUCCCCUCCCCCAGGGUACUCCAAAGGUGGCACACAGGCUUUAAUUAAACCCUGCAUGGUGCAGUGCCCCUUUGUGGACAUACAGCGUAAAUAUCAGGAAGUGCCGAGGCAGGAGGGGGCAGGUUUGGAAGACAUGAAGGGUGAAGGCUUGUGGACCCAAGGCCUUCUCUAGUAAGAUACAGAACCCAUUUUUUAGCUGUUAUAUUGCUGGUAUGAGGAUGUCCCUGAAACAAAAGCAUUCAGUAAGCACUUAUUUGAGUCCCCAGUCCUUCCCCAAAGAGAGAGAUGGCAUUGUUCUUUUGCUCUCUCUGCUGUCUCCAUAUCAACCCUCCCUGCAAUGUUUUUUCUCAGAUUUGUCCACAAAGGGAAGUUAGUUCAGAUUAAGGUAGGGUGAAAAUUUAUCCUGCCAUGGCUAUUCUUAAUUAACUUAUUCUGAAAUAAGAGGGCUAACCAGAUCUGAGGUCUUGUCUACACAGCAACUUGAAGUGAGUUUGGAUGUGACUACAAUUCACAAGCUACUUUUGCACUGACCCUUUUCCUGCCUCCCACCCCUGGUGGAUAUAUAUCCAUUUUAAAACAGAGUAAGCCACCUUGUACAUUUACAGACUAGUGCCCUGGAAGUUUACACCCAGGCUUACUUCACAAUACGUCUCCCCUGUAGGCAAGUUUGAGACAUAUUAGACUAAUUUAGAAUAAGAUACCCUCAUUUAAGGAUAAGACUGUCCACACUUGCCAGUUAAUCAAGAAUAGCAAUUCUGGAAUAACUCCUCAUGUAGCCAAGCCCUGACACAUGGGAUGUGGAAAGCAAACUAUGUAGUAAGUGUAGCUCAUCCAUCACUCCAAAGGUAAUGUAGCAGCAUCCAUCACAUUCUGCACAAACACAGUCAUCGGUCCUCAAACAACCUGACUAACCAGUUGGUCCAAGCCAUUUUUACCAUAGCCCUGAGUGAAAACACAAAAUUGGGGGGGGGAGCAGGGAGAGGAGGGAAGUGGUGAUAUCCAUUUCUGGGGUUUUGCCACAAACAUGCAUGAUAUUUUAUGGCCAUCAGAAGACAAGAAGGCUCCUGAGCUUAUAGUCUCAACUCUAGCUAACCACUGUCAGAUGCAACACCAUCAUGAGAGUGUAAAAUCAUGAACCACAGAAGCAGGAAGAAGACUUAACUAAAAAAAGCAGAAGGGAACGUGUGUCUACCAGGAACAGCUUGCUAGACGUACUUCAUGUCCAUCCUACCGUACCUUUGCAAAGGGAGAGGGAUAAAUAGUUUCUCAGUUGUGGAAAUACCUGACAAAAGCAGCAUUUCUUGUCUGCUGGAUUUUCAGAUCUGGCUGCCUUCUUACAGUCUUUGACCCUAUCAUGGCCUCCAAUACGAACAUUAUCUUCCUGUUUCUCUGGUUGCUUCAGCAUGGAGAAGGAAGGCAGGUUGAAGUGCAGCAAGAACCCCUGAUCCAGGUUGCUUUUGCCAAUGAACAAGUACUUAUGACUUGUGUGGUCAGCUUCCCUCGCACAACGCAAUAUUCCAGCUUCAUAGGCAGUUGUUAUCUGCUGAACUCAAAGGGCCAGAGAACCACAAUCAAAACGUAUCCGAUAUCUGUACCUAUCCCUGCUGGACAGGAGAACCAGACAGCAAAGGAGAGUUAUAGAUGUGACAUUGAGCCAUUCAAAGCUGCUUCUGGCACCUAUUACUGUGAGGCCAACUGGACCAGGGUAACGCAAAAGGGACAUGGGACAUUUGUCCUUGUCAGAGACACUGGGUACCUUGAGACUUCCUCCAUCACAUGGAGAUUCCUUGUCACUCUUACGACUGUGCUGGCUAUACUGAGCAUCACUGCAACAGCUCUUCUGCUGUGGAAGAGAAAGGUGGUAUGUCCAAAGAGAAGCCAGCCCCAGAGUUCCCCAGAUUUGGGGGUAAGAGCCCCAGCCACUUCAGGCAGUUCAGAACCAUCUGGUUCCAUCUACACUUGCCUAGAAUCCCACCAGCCUGAUAUCUAUUCUGUCCUCGAGAAUGACACACACAGUCCAGCACCUGAGAACAGUCCCACAGCAAAGCCUAAAUCCACCAACUCCGAGCCAGCCAGGGACAGACAUAGGAGUGAAGACUGUGAGAAAGCAGGGAGGAAGAAGAAGAAAAUGAGAGAUACAGCACCUAAGCAAGAAACUCCAGAAGAAAUCUUUGACACCCUGUAUGAGAAUAUCUAAGAGAAAAGACUGAUCAUGCCUGGAUGGUACAUGUCCGAGCAGGAGGAAACUGCCCUUUCACAGUUUCAGGCCCUGCCAUACCUCUCCAAAGACUCACAGCAAGCUGAGGACAGAAGCCAGGAUGACCUCCAAGCCCUGGUCUCUUUCUAAUCUGUUCUUUAUAAAGAUCAGAAUUUCUCCAUUAAAAUCUCAGGUUAGCUCAGCUGGCCUGGAGGUUCUGGAAAGGCUACUUUUCUGUCAAUUAUUUACAGUUCUGGCUUCUUGAAAUAGUGUAGUUGAGUUGUACAUAAAUUCUCUUCACCCAGUUUUGCUAAUAUAUUUGAGUCCUGAACCACAGGAUGUGCUUGGACAGUAUAGAGACCCCCCUGCCCCAUGCCGUGUUGUCAGGCUCUCAGGUCUUUCCUGUCAUGCCCAUUAGAUCUUGCUAUCUAUCUAUUGAGACCUGGCUCAGAGCCCAGGGCCCACCUCAUUAUCUUUCCUUCCCCAAACUGUUCCUCAGCAGUCCACUGAAUUCAGCUCUGCAGGGCAAAUGCUUUCUCCUGGAUGGCUCCAGUAAAAAAUAGUGGGCAGUGAAAGCAUUAAAAAGAUGCAGAAAAUUAAGCUGGAGUCUUUUCCCUUUGAUGAUGUCUUUUGCGGGUGGGGAUGUCCUUCAUAGGAAAAAGGAGGGGUGGGGCUUUAAGUACAAACAGUCCUGCUGGAGUCCGUCUUGCAUAUAGACCUGCUGAAGGGCAACUGAUAUCCCUUCCAGGAAGGGAAUUUAAAGAAAAGUGUCUGAGAGUUAGUGUUCCUAUAAGCUUUGUUACAUAGUGCAAUUUUUUUAAGCUCUGAUGAGCUGAUGUAACAUCACAGGGUGAAGUCCUCACCACGCUGAAGUCAGUAGGAGGUUUGUCACUGACAUCAGUGGCACAAGAAUUGUACACAUGGUGGUUAGAGGAUUAUUUAUAAAAUUAUUUGAGCAAGGAGACUAAUUUAUUAGAUGUGCAAUAUGGAAGAUAGGGGCGGAAGCUGCAGAUAUGAGCUUUCUAUCCAGGCCUUGAUCUUUCCUGUUACAUAGAUCUAACCUGUCUGUUGGACUUAACCUCAUUUGAGGUCUGAUGGGGAAGGAGAUACAUUAAAUACAUUGCAUAGCUAGAUCAAAACAAUUAAUCAAAAAGCUGAUGUUGUUGUACCUUAGAUUUAAAAAAAUCCACAAGAAUAUGUAGAAUAAGCUGAGAGAGAUCAUACAAACCUCUUUAAAGUAGAAGAUCAAAUUAAAACUGAGCUGCAGGGUCACAGGACCUUCUCUGGUUUCAGAUAAGGUUGUUUCUCAUCAGAGAUGGAGGGUAUGGAAAAUGUCUCCAGGGCCUCCAAGCUUCCUAUACUAUGUUUAAAGAGAUAAUCCUCUUAUUGCUUUGCUCUUUUUAUUAGAUGAGAUUUCAAAUGUGCAGUUUGAACUUCCCUUAACUGUAGAAAAAUGCUUUUCUCUUUCCAGUGUCUAGAAAUUUAUUUCAGUAAAAGCAAUCAAUAGACCGGGUAGCUUAUUAGACCCAUUAACAUUGUUUUUCCAUUUGGAAAAUGAUUAUUUUUUUGCAACAGAAUUUUAAAUUAAAUAUAUUUGGGUCACCACGUUUUAAUACUUAAUUGUUGCCUAAACCAGUACCAUUACAGAUUUUUGUUUCUCUUGGGGAAUUUGUAGUCAUGUUGAGGAUAAAUUAUUUUAAUAUUUAAUGGUUUUAUUGAUCACACCUGGGCAAGAAAAUCUCAGAGCAAGCUGACAAUUGGAUAAGGAGUUAAAGCUUACUAAAAUAGAAAUGAUUUGAGUAGGGUUUUUUUUAAUUUUGAAUAUUAUAGAUGCUAAGAAUUGUAUAUACAACUGGAAAUUUCUUGCCAAGAGUAUCAGUUACAGCACUGUUUAGUCGAUCUCUUAUUCUCAUUGUUCUUUUGUAUUUUAUAUAAUGUAAAUCACUGUAUUUAUCUAUGACCAACUCCAUCUCUGUCUGUCUGUCUCUUUCCCUGCUCCCCCUCCCUCCCCACCCCGAUUUAUAUAUUGUUUGGUUUUUCAAAAUAAAAAUGAUAGAGAGAAGAAGCCAUAGAACAGCAUAAUUCCUUUCUCCUAUGUUGUAGUGGUAAAAUAGUAGGUAAAAGCUAAAGAGUAGAGACACAGUGAAAGGCUCUGAUCCUUCAAAGUAGUCAUAAGCAAAAUUCAACAGAGAAAAAUGGAAGAUCUUUGCAUUAGGGGGCCUGAUAUAAGGCUAAAUGAAGUUACUGGAAAUCUUUUAAAUAUAUUGUAGUGGGUCUUAGCUUGGCCCAUUGAGAGCAGAGAUUGUACAAGAAAUGAGAGAUCUCCUUGUAGGUGCAUAGAUAUGGGUCUAAAAUACUGCCUUAGCAUGGCCCAGGCAAUGCGGAGCUGGAGCUUGUGAGAGUGGAAGGUGUAAACCAGAAGAACAUGAGGGGUAUUUUUUAAGACACAGAAGUUUUCCAAGGAGAUAUUAAAAAAAUAUCUCCAGUCUAGGCAGAAAAGAUUUAUAAAGAUCAUUUAAAUAACAUUAGUGUAACCGAUGUGUCUCAGAGACUUAACAAAAACAGUAACCAGUUGGUCUGUCUUAGCUGUCUAGCCCAUGAGGGUGAGUGCAGGGAAUUAGUAUUAUUUGCCUAUAUUCCAUCAGAUGAAAUUAGAUAGUUUUUAGUAUGUGCCAAACAUUUCAGAUGAAUGAAAUAAAGAAAUAUUUCCAUCGGCCUCUUGGAAUCUGUUUCUUGUUGGCUUGUUGCGCCUAUUCCACAUACAUUUUUGCUUUAAAUUACUUUUUUUUUUAAUGUAUGUCUGGGGGCUGUGGGUUAUAGCUGUAAUCUUUCCCUCAGCCCCUGCACUCCUAUAUACUCAGACUUGCUCAAUUACAAGAAAUUAGACUUACAGACAUUUUGGGAAUAAGGGUCUUUGUGCCUGCAGUAUUGCAUAGAGGGAGAAUCUGCUGUUAUAUAGUAAGCACUGGCUGCAGUUGGAGAUGCUCUAUCCAUCCUCUUCAAAAAGGAAGAAUGGUUUUGCCCUGAAUGAGCACUGGUCGUGCGGUGAUUACAAUCCUCCUUUCCUGGAACAAUCACAAGCAAGCCAUAUGUCCUGAAGCACGUAGUUUGAUCACUCUUAUUCUCAUUGUCAUGCCAGAACUGCAACAGUUGUUGAGAGUGAUGAAAUUAUCUAGCCUCUUUUUAAAGACAGCUUAUUUCAGUGAUCUCCUGCAGUGAAUUCUGCACUGACUGGCAGAGACUGGGUGCAUUUUGGUAUUUUGUUCUGUUUUUGUGACAUCUGAAUCCUUUUACUGAACCAUCUUUUAAUAAGUAUUGUGUUUUGCCUUCUACUUGUAAACAAGAAACACCUGUAACCUCAGUCAACUAGAAGGUCCAAGGUGGUGUGUAUUUUUUCCUUAAUUUUCUUCUAUUUAGUAUUAUGAUUAUUAAUCAUCUGUUUGACAGUAGCGUUUCUAGGGACUUAAGUCAGCACUGUGGUUUUCCUCUGCUAGGUGCUCUGGCUGCCAAUAUCCAAAUGACACUGAUAUUUAUUUAUAGAUGCAUUUAGCCACUUAGCCUCUAUCCUGUAAGGAUUCAUCAGCUUCUCUGAGGAGAUGGGAAUUCAAGACAGUGGUCAGGGAGUGCCCAACCCCUUGCAAGUCAAGGGCCAUUGAUCAGAAAUUGUCUUAAAUUGUGGUAGAAAUUAGGUGCAGUGACUCAUGGCUCCAGGCUUGGAGCAUCUUGAAAAACCACCAAGAGACUGAACCUAAUGCAGUGAGUGGAAAUCAGAUUUUGUGAGUUUUACCCAUUGUUAUGCACUCCCUCAACUGCAGUAGCUCAGGCAUGGUAGGAUUCAGCCUUAAAUAUGAUGGGAAUUGCCUGCGUUUGAGAGCUUCUGUUACUCUGCUUUUCUUUUAGCUUGGACCGAUGACUGAAUGGGACAUGCUGACCACUGCUGCCUUUCAUUUGAAGAGAGCAAAGGCUGAGUUGGGAGCCCUGCAGGCUUUUGCCAUCAGUAUUCCCCAGAGUGCAUCCAUGCCACCUUCCUGUGCUAGGCUCAAGACUCUCUCAUUCCCUUGUGCCUUGUGUUUUCACAAGGCCAGUUUGUUUAUCCAGCUCUUCACUGCCCAGUGACCGGACUCUCAGAGAAAGGGAUUUAGGGAAGGUGGCAGCUCAAGCCAGCAGAUGGUGCCCUUGGUUCUCUUUGUGUGUCCUCUCAGUGCCCUCUGAGUGUCUGGCUCUCUCAGCCCUGCCUCACUAUCUACAGUAGCAAAGCUGUGUUGAAUAACCAGAAAACCAAGUCAACUUUUGUGGCUGGUAACUUUAUUACCGUAAAUAACAAUUGGAGUGAGGACAGUAUUAGAAAGCUAAUCAAACCCCAUGUUUUGGCCUGCAAGAAAACAGCUGCCUGACAGAGCCAGGAAGGGAUUCCCACUUCCCAUGUAUGUACGGCACUGUACAGUUUCCCAGAGGCCGCAUGUAUGCAAGCUGAGAGUGGGAAAGGAUGUAGGGUAGGUUCAUUUACUGCAGAUAUAUGAAGUAUUGACAACAUUGUUCCUGCCAGCCACCGGUUACCUUGUUUUGACAUUGCAUUAUCCAAACCAUGAUAAGGGUUGAGGAAAGGCGAGGGAUCUUUUUCUUGCAAGUAUCAUUCAGAUAGAUUGGAGUUUGAAGUGCAAAACAAGCAGGAUAUUAGAGGCCAGUGAGAACUGCUACCCAGGUCCCCUCCUUUGGUUUCUACAGUCCUGCAGGGGCAUGCUGGAAAGCAGGAGAGAUGGCUCGGCUUAGAUUUGGAGCCAUUGGUGUGAGCCGGAUACAGGAACGGAGAACUUCUUCCACAUGCUGGUUAUAAAGUCUGCAGGAAAAAGACUUUCCAGUGUGAGUGGUUCUUCUGUUUGGGCCUGGCAAGAAAGUGACAGAAGAUAAAAUUACUACCCCUUUUGAUCUUUGUAGUGGUUUGAUAGCCAAGACUUGCCUCUCUUGGGGGGCAUAGCACUGAGUCAGCAUGUGCU